AUGGAAGCAUUUGUAAAGUCGCGAGAGACGCGGCCUCAACUCCUCCAAAGCCUACUGGCAGCACUGCCACCCCUUGACCAAUCCCUCGAAGAGUUCCGCAGCGUCGCAGCUCUCCCCGACGGCUACGAGAUUGAUCUCCAAGUCGUCCGCCCGCGCGGCGUGGGCGCGUCUAACCCGGACCGGCCUCUCAUCCUGCUGUGGCCGGGCGGCGGGUUCAUCGUCGCCGGCGUCGAGCCGACGACCCGUCCCGCGCGGGACUUUGCGCUCGAGUUCGGCGCCGUGGUAGUCAGCGCGACCUACCGUCUCGCACCCGAGAACAAGUUCCCCAGGUCGGUCAAGGACGGCUGGGAGACGGCCGUCUGGCUGUCGAGGAAUGCUGGCCGAUUCGGCGCGGAUAUUGGCAAGGGCUUCGUCGUUGGCGGGUGGUCUGCCGGUGCGAAUAUUGCCGCGGUGGUCAGCCAGAGGUCCGGCGUCGAGGGGCUGGGGAUUACCGGGACGCUUCUGGGCAUCCCGUUCUUGCUCGUCGAGGAUAUCGUGCCCGAGAAAUAUGCCGCUGAGUGGGUGUCUCGCGAGACCAACGCCGACUGGAGCCCGACGUUUACUACCGCGGUCAUCAAGGACGCGGCAAAGGGUCUGGAACCGGAGAUUACGUCGCCGUGGUAUUCGCCGUUCAACGACCCCGGAGCUAUCCCGAAAUCGCCCAGGGCGUACAUCCAGGUUGGAGACCGGGACCCGCUGAGAGAUGAUGGGUUGAUUUAUGCCAAGGUUUUGAAGGACAAUGGGGUCGAGGCGAGAGUGGAUAACUACCUGGACUGGGGGCAUCAGGGGUGGACUAUUUUCGCUCCCAAGGAUUCGCCUGCGGAGCUAGGGCCGAAUACGAUGAAGGGGAUGCGGUGGCUCUUGGGAAAGGAGUAG